CUGAUCCAUUUGUCACUCGGUACUGAUUGAUAUAACCGUGGCCGUGGCCUGUGUCUUGCGCGCGGUACAUUUUCCCUUCGUUUUUGAUCAUCUUCGCCUCCCGCGCUACAAGAUCGAGCCGCAUCACCACCACCAUGAAUUCCGCCAACGAUACAACGUCUCCCUCAGUGGAUGACGGUGGGAGUCUUUCUCCCGCCAACUCACGCGAAGACGAUGAGAACUCACAGCACCCCCGCAAGCGCCAACGCGUGCGUCUUAGCUGCUUGGAGUGCCGCCGGAGGAAGCUCUCCUGCGAUAGAGGCUACCCGUGCCAGCGGUGUCUGAAGAGCGGCACACCGGAUCGCUGCACGUAUGAGACCAAGUCAGGUGCUGUAUUGAACGCCAGCUCUGGCGUUCCGCCUGCCUUUGCCCAGCUCGACUCACGGAGGAAUGGCGAGCUGGCUGUUCCCGUCAAGGAAGCCGAUGUUUCUCUUAUCCGCGAGGCGGCCAAGGAUCAUGACCGUAUCCGCCGUCUCGAGCUCGAAGUCGCUCAGCUCAAGACUCAACUCACACGACAGGCUAUGUCUUCAUUUGACGGAAGCACAAUAGCCGGCACCAACUCACCACUCACUCAGAAGGAUGAAACCAAUGAAGCGCCUGCCGACCCUUGCGCAAACAACUCAGAGAUUCAGUCAUGCUGGCAUCAGUAUGGUGAUGGGGACAAGUCAGAGCUCCGCUUUUUCAGGGGCAAGGAAUUCAGAACGCGGUAUUUUGGUCCUCACAACGCCACAAUGGCUUUCAUCGAGUUGACUGGUCUGUGCCCCUUCAUGAAGGAGACGGCAGAUGAGUGGCUGAAGCCCGUGAAGGCCCAUGACCGCAAGGACCGCAAGAAGCGCAAGGAUGACAGAGACAAGUUCUACCUUCAGCCUGACUCCACGCUCGAAGCUCUCCUACCACCAAAGGAGCACUGCGAUGCCUUACUCGAAGUCUACAUCGACCAGUUCGAGCAAAUGCACCGCAUCAUUCACAUUCCCACCUUCCGCAGAGAGUACUCAGAGUUCUGGGAGAACCCAACCGAAUCUCGCUAUGCAGCACUCACCGCUCUUGUCCUUUCCAUCUGCGCGGUAGCAAACUGCAUCCACACUCACGAGUCUCUGAGAUUCACCGGAAUGAUUUCCAACGCCCAAAAUGCCGCUGAAAAGUGGAUCAAGGCCGUUGAGAAUUGGCAAGAUCAUCAGAGUGUGAAGCACCGAAAGCUCAUCCACUACCAAAUUGCAUGCCUCCUGUAUCUCGCCAAGCGGGUCAAUACCGUUAAGAAGAAGCGCUUCUGGACGAACUCUGGCGCUCUCAUUCAGGACGGCAUCUCUGUCGGACUGCACCGGGAACCCGGCCACAUGGGGUCCGGCAAGAUUUCAGUCUACAACCAGGAGAUGAGACGGAGGAUCUGGGCGACGGUGCAGGAGUUUGACAUGCAAGCCUCUUUCGACCACGGACUGCCUACGCUGGUGAGCCAGUUACACUACGAUGUGCAGCCACCAAGGAAUUUGGACGACGAGGACUUUGACGAAGACACUACGCAGCUCCCGCCUUCCAAGUACGGCAAGGAGUACACUUUCUCCUCCUACCAGAAUCUGGCCCGCCAGAGUCUGCCGCUGCGCAUGGAGUUGAGCCGCCUUCUCUGUGGCCCGCCGGGAGACCUCGACUACGACCAAGUCAUCCGUUACACCAACGACAUCACUCACGAAAUCGACUCGCUUCCCUCCUGGGAGCACAACAACAACAACACACACGGCGGCAAGAGACCACUUCUUGCCUACACUCUGCUCCACAUCCAACUCCGUCAAUACAUCGUUCCCCUCCACCAACCAUUCCUCAAGCUUCGUAAAUCCAACGCCAAGUACCAGUACUCCGAGAUCAUCUACUACAAUGCCGCGCGAGACAUUGUUCUCCUCCACGACAAGCUCUACGAGCAAGGCAUCCGCAGCCUCAACUUCCUCCGCGAGGACGCGCUGACCACGGCCGUCAACCUCUGCAGCGUCACGAUGCUGCAGCCGCGGGGCUCGACAAACAUGAUUAUGAUCAACUCGCAACACACCGUCAAACUCCUCGAGAAAUGCCUCCACAUGAAGGAAGACAGGAUUCUCCGCUGCGGCAACAACGAGCCCUGGGGCUACUCCAUCAUGUGCUCAGCACUCGGCCUUCUCGAAGCCCACCUGGGCACAAAGACCACCGAACAAGCAAAGGCAUCGUCUGCGGAACGGUUCGUCAACUUGCACUACAAGCUGCUGGCGAACCAGGAACCCCCGGUAUCGAGUCAGCCAUCAGAGCUGUCCAAGAUUCCCGGAUUGGAGGUUCCCGAGAGACCAAAGUCGGUUACGCCCUUCUCCUUCCAGGGCUACCCGUCGUCGCAGAACGCGAUGGACGGGCUCCUGCCUCAACCCCUGCCGUGGAUGCCACCAUCAAUUGAUCCGCAGGCGCAAUCCUACAAUCCCGACUUUAAUCUUGAAGCACUGGGAUUGAAUUUGAACGAGUUGUGGGGAGAAUCGUGGGACUUUAGCUGAUGUAUGCGAUGUUUGUGAUGUCAUUUUGAUGUGUUUCUUGGUUACUCAAAAGAAAAGCGAACUAGGGCGGGUUGUUUGAUCUGGGCAAAUUGCCCUUGACCUGUAUUUUGGAGGGUGAUGAUUUGUCACGGACAGUUGUUACGAUGUUCGGAAAGCUUUGUGAUACCCAUCUCAAUUCCUCUCUCUCUCUCUUUAGAUCUAGACGUGUAAUAUACAUACAAUCAUGUCGGUCUUGACUCACGAUCUGAACAUGAGGC